UUCUCUCUCUCUUCUUCUUCUUCUUCUUCUUCUUCUUCUUCUUCUUCUUCUUGUGUUUCUAUUGAUUCCAAUAAUGAAAGGAAAAGGUAUGAUGGCAGCUGCUAUGGCAGCAUGCAUAUUCUUCUUCAUCCCAUCUUUUGAAGGUCCUCAUCAUGAUGAUGCAAAGCUUCAAGUGUUGCCACUCAGUAAUGCAAGUGGUCCUGAGAGUUUCGCCUUUGACUCCGCCGGCCAAGGCCCUUACACCGGCGUCUCCGAUGGCCGGAUCUUUAAAUGGUCACCGGAACACCACCAAUGGAUUCAGUUUGCAGUUUCUUCAGGCUAUAUGGAUGAAGAGUGUGCAGGAUCACAAGAUAAGGAGAAGGAGAACAUAUGUGGGCGUCCAUUAGGCUUGGAAUUUAAUAAUAAAACGGGUGAUCUUUUCGUCGCUGAUGCUUAUAAAGGGCUGCUAAAGGCCACACAAGAUGAGAGAAUUUUAAAGCCUGUGGUCACAAGUGCAGAAGGUGGAGCAUUUGGUUUCACAAACAGUUUGGAUAUUGAUCAGAAUUCAGGUGUUAUCUACUUCUCUGAUAGCAGCAUAAAUUUCCAGAGAAGGCAGUUCAUGAAGGCUAUAAUAACAGGUGAUAGAACAGGAAGAGUGAUGAAAUAUGAUCCAGAAGAUGAAAAGGUUGAGGUUCUGAUCAAUGGCUUAGCAUUUGCUAAUGGAGUAGCAUUAAGCAGGGAUGGUAGCUUCUUGUUGAUAGUAGAGACAACUGAAUGCAGGAUACUGAAGUAUAAACUCAAAGAGAAGAGUGUUCAAGUGCUUGUGAAGUUACCAGGGUUUCCUGAUAAUAUAAAAAGGAGUCCAAGAGGAGGAUAUUGGGUAGCAAUGCAUUCAAGGAGGAAAAAGGUGGUACAGUGGGCUCUAUCUGUUUCUUGGAUAAGGAGAAUGAUUCCCUAUCUUCCAUUUGAUCUUCAUAAAUUGAGUGAGUUAAUGGAGAGAUGGAGAGGAGGAGCUUUGGCUAUGAGAAUUGGGGAUGAUGGUGAGGUUUUGGAGGUUUUAGACAAUAGGUUUAAGUUCAUUAGUGAAGUUCAUGAGAGGAAUGGGACUUUGUGGAUUGGCUCUGUUCUUGUGCCGUUUGCUUCUCUUUAUAAGCUUUAGAUUCAACAUCUAUCUGUCUUGUUUGUGUAGAUAUGUAAUAUGAAUAAUAUAUAUGGCUUUAUGAAAUGAUUCAUGCAUGCACUAGCACUAGUUCUAAUA